GAGCCCACGUCCGCGCGCCUUGUUUGCCGUUGCCGGGGCGGAACAGGACGUCUUGGACGGGACCAGAAAGCCCUCCCGGGUCCCCGGCACGGUGCUCAUCCCCCCGGUUUAACGACGGGGACACUUCGCAGUCAGCGCCUGAAUGGCGGAGGGCGAGUCGGUGUUGCUGGUGGCUUCCUCCACCCCGUCCUGUGUUGUCCAGAGUGACUCCGUGGGGAGCGACGGCGGCCAGUCCCGCGGCGGCGUGUAAGCGGUCUCGGACGGAGUCAGUCCCCAACUGGGGUGGGAUUUGACUGAGCCAGGAGACUAAUCCCACCAACUCAUUCCCUGGAGUCAUUUGCAGAUGAGUGAAAACCCUCCAAGCUGCCUGCUGUCCUGCUGUUAACAGACUGGCUGCAGAGCUGAUCAAUAUGAAGAAAAAAGACAAAGUGCUGGAGAAAGAUGAGACCUUGUGCUGCUGUGAGUAUAUGAACAGGCAUGGAGAGAGGAGCCAUAUAGCAGCCUGCUGCUGUGACUGUGAAGACCUGGAUGAGGCCUGUGACAGAUGGCUGAAGAGAGAGUCUCAGAGAGCCGAUUCCCUGUCACGGCUGGCCGCAGUGGUGACGGACCGGAUUCGUGUGCCCUGGCUUUGGGGUGGAGCCCGAAAAGUGGACCUGUCUGUGGUCCCACCUCUUGUCCUUCUCCCAAUUCUGCUUCAUUUGGCAGCCCUCCACUUCCUCCUAGGCAUGGUGGUUCUGACAGCCCUUCCUGGCCUGGUGCUGUGGUACUACUACUUCACCCAUCGCAAGAAGGGAAGGACACUGUUCUUCCUUAGUUUGGCCCUCUUCUCCCUGGCCUACAUGUACUACAUGUUCAUUACAGAAGUGCUUCCUCGUGGGGACGUGAGCUCUGUCCAGCUGGGGGUGGUCACGGUAGGGGUAGUCUUCACCCUGGCAGCCCUUGCCCACACCAAGAAAGACCCUGGCAUCGUGCGUCCAAACCAGGCAGAUAUCCAUAGUACAGUAACCUAUCAUAGCCCCGUGGUUGACAGAGAUCCUGCCCUCAAUGGGACAAGGCAGGAAGUGGAGGCGAUCCUUGCCAACGAGCCAGUGGGGUCGGAGCGGAAGGAGAGCGGUCGGAGAAACUGGUGCCAAGUGUGUAAGGUGGUGCGGCCCCCCAGGGCGGGACACUGUCGGAUAUGUGGCGUCUGCGUGCUGCGUCUUGACCACCACUGUGUUUGGAUAAACAGCUGUGUGGGGCAGGCCAAUCACCGUAGCUUCCUGCUGACGCUCCUCCUUUUCCUGUUGACCUCGCUGUACGGGAUCAUCCUGGUGCUGCGGAGCGUAUGCCCCCGGCAGAAUCUCCUCACUGCCUUGCUCUACUGCCCCGGAGUCUACAACCAGUACAGCACCGCGUUAUGCUUCACCUGUGCGUGGUACAGCAGCAUAGUGACCGGUGGCCUACUUCACCUGCUGGCGCUGCAGGUCAUCAACGUCACCUACAACGUGACGGAGCGCGAGGCCCGCACCGCCCUGCGGGACAAAACGGCCCAUAGCACCUACUGGGGACUCAUCGUGGACACCGGCGCCUAUUCCCGGGGCUUCCGCAGCAACUGGGCAGAGUUCUUGACUAUGGGAGACCAUUUGAACCAGCCUCCUCCCGCCCCCGCCGACCUGGUGUGAGACCACUUGCACGGAGCAAGCUGAGCAGCGUGUCGGGGGGGGGGGGGUGUCUUUGUGGAUGCUGUGCUGUGCACGGCCUCUGGAUGGCAGCAUGGCUCCUCUCAGCCUAUUCUCAGUCUGCUUCCCUGGUCCGGUCUGGAGGGAACCUGGGAUCUCUGAGGAAUUUGAAUCGGCUGCUCCUCCAUGGGGUUUUAACUUGAGUUACUGCUGUUACUGAGCUGACCUGCCAGUGACUCACAGCAAUAAGAACAACCGACCAUAAUGAGACGCUGCUAUUAAAGUCACUGACCGAUAACCGGUAUCUCCUCGGUGCAUAUUGUGCUGCUCUCACAAAGAUCUUUUUUUCUCUAGCCAUUGAUGCCUUAUUCCUCUUUAUCCAUCUCUCUCUCUCUCUCUUUCUAUGUUAUUAUUUGGUCACGGUGUCAGUCUUCUCUGAACAGUUCAUACUCUUUACCUCUCGACAUCCCAGUGCCUUGCUGGAGGACACGUUUGACCAUGCGAGUAGGAGUUUAAUGAUAAUAAUAGUUGUUAUUAUUAUAAUGUGAUACCCUUGGGGUGGGGCACGGUGGCACAGUGGUUAGCGCGGUCGCCUCACAGCAAGAAGGUCCUCAGUUCGAGCCCCGGGGUAGUCCAACCUUGGGGUCGUCCCGGGUUGUCCUCUGUGUGGAGUUUGCAUGUUCUCCUCGUGUCUGCGUGGGUUUCCUCCGGGUGCUCUGGUUUCCUCCCACAGUCCAAAGACAUGUAGGUCAGGUGAAUUGGCCGUACUAAAUUGUCCCUAGGAAUGAAUGUGUGUGUGUGUGUGUCUGCCCUAUGAUGGCCUAGCGGCCUGUCCAGGGUGUCUCCCCGCCUGCCGCCUAAUGACUGCUGGGAUGGGCUCCAGCAUCCCUGCGACCCUGAGAGCAGGAUAAGCGGUUAAGAUAAUGGAUGGAUGGAUGGAUGGAUGGACCCUGGGGGGGGGGGGGGUUCUCCUCUCUCCUAUAUCUCUUAACAGAGAGAGGUCAGCGACAGACUAGCAUCCCUGGAGGUGCUGGGAUUUCAGCGUCUCGCUCACAACCACUUGAGCAAGGUAGAUGACCCAGGUUUCGAUGCCCCUCCUAAUCUUGUUAAAGAACGACCCCCCCCCCCCACACUCCCACAACCCUCUACACAAGUUUGCACUCAGCACUCAUUACCAAUGCAAGGAGGCGAAGAAGAGCUGUCAGUGCGGUUUGAAGUGGCUUUACUGGGAGCUUUGUGUUGAUCCCGCCUCACUGCGGCGGCAUCUUGAAGCGGCUCAAGGAGAAACGGUUGAAACGAACGUACGUGGGCUCCCGUCAGAGGGCAGGAACUCAUCACUGUUUCUGUUGGCAUUAAACAGGAAGAACGCCUCCUGGUGCGGUGCAGAUAACUCGAAACACCCCUCCUUUUAAACCGUUCAAGCUGAAUCCUGGAGUGGACCGCUUUUGAAAAAUAACGAGAGAGGGAAAAUCAAAAAAUAAUUAAAAUGAAAUACAUGGAUGCACAUUAAAGUCAGCUGGAGCCCAAAAUUAAAGUCUCUGUUUGAA